AGAAGUGAUAGUGCGCAGUGAGACAAGUUGGAGUUCAGUGGCAGCGAAACCGUGAUGUUGUGAAUGAUUUGACACACAAACGUUCGAUAGGUCUGGAUAGGCCCACUGAGGUGUAUGUUAAAGAGAACUCUUUUGAAAAAAACAACAAGUUCAUAGAUUGCUACGCGGGCUAUCAUAAAUUCCCCAGGAAGCCUUCUGAUUGGCGGAGCAAGUAGAAAAGAAUUAUUGAGUGAGACGUGAAUUUGUUGAAUGAAACUAGAAAAUCUUCCACAAAAGUGAUUUGUUGAUACAUUAUCUUCCACAUCAGUCGAUACAAAGUGAGUAGCUUGAAGAUAGCUUACUCUCCGGACAAUAUUUUUUAUUUAUACCAAAUGUGCUUAUAAAAAAUUAUCUCCGAAGAAAAUCUACUUUAAAAAAAUGUUGAACUUUGGAUCAAACUAAGAGAGAGUGCUACAAACAAAACCCCAGGGGAAGUUUAAUAUUCAAGAACGUCUCUCUGGUACGUCUCGUUGUAAACAUUUCAAUUGAAGAUAUAAAUUGUGCGGAUCAGGGACAGGUUGCCAGCGGCAAACUAAUUACAAAGGUACUCUUCGACAUUUAUGUACUAAUAAUGGCGAUCUGUAGGACAGCAGGAUUAAUGGCAAAUUCAAAGUUUAUUUGUGUGGUUUUCAUCUUCGUCCAUGCUGUUAACGAUGUGUCGUCGGAAGAGGUGGUGGGCGUAGGCCUCCAGGGUAGACGGGUCCGUCCUGUUAGCAUGCCAGGUAUACAAUUUGCUCGCUCGUACUUUCAGACGACUGUCCUGGAAACGUCAUCAAUUGGGUCAACUGUGAUUCAUAUUCCGGUGACCACCAGUCAUCCAGAAUACCGAGAACAUGUCACGUUCAGCUUAAAAAGGAAGUUAUCAGAAAAAGAGACGCCACCAUUUGCUAUUGACCCCAACACCGGAGUAAUAUCAACAAUUGCUUCACUGAAAAAUUUGACGAAAUUAAAAUAUACUUUAGUUGUACAUGCUAAGCUAAGGGAACCAAUCCACAAUCAAAUCUCCACCCGGGUGAUUGUACGUGUUAUUAGUUUACCAAAAUUCCCUCCAAAAGGUUUACAUGGAUACAUUAAUGAAAAUGUUGUUGGAAACGUUAAUGCAACUGUUGUGGCAAAGUGUGCAACCGCCAAACUCCAGAGGAGCGUUCGUUACAUCUUGACUCGGGUUGAACCGGAGGGAGCUAAACGCAUCUUCAGAGUUUCAAAAGUAACCGGUGUUGUUAGUGUGCUCUAUCCACUUGAUUACGAGGAAAUCAACACAUAUAAACUUACAGUUCGUGCUAAAACUGGAAGGAUUUAUUCAGAAACAACUUACGUAGUACACGUAAUCGAUGAAAAUGACAACGUACCUAAAUUUCCAUUCAACAUUCUUUACAUAAACAUCACCGAAAAUCAAGAAUUAAUAGAUCACCCGCUUAGCCACCUACAUGCCGAUAUUGCAAACGAUAUUAUAGGUUCACAAGCAACAGAAUAUAGACUUCAUAAAGGCGGGAAAGACAUCAUUGAUAUUGAUAAAAAAACUGGCCAACUGUUCAAUACAGGGACAAUCGAUUUUGAGCAUUAUUCAAGAUUCAACCUCAUCGUGCGCGCCUACCAUGGCGACGUUUUCUCUCAAGCUAGAGUCGUUAUCAACAUAUUGGAUACAAACGACAAUGUACCAACACUACAAGAUUUCAGGGCCUACGUCAAUUACUUCCAGGGUAAGACAGGAUGGACAGGGUUCUGGAUCCCCGCUAAGGAUGCAGAUGUAAAUGACCGAUUGAAAUUUAAAGUGAUUGAGGGAGGUCAGACAGAUGACGGUAAAGAUCUGAUAACAGUGGACAGUAAUGGUCUGGCAAGACUAGGGAAAAGCGAGAUAGCUCUAUCAAACAACGAGACUAUUAGUACAACAAUGUACAUUAGCGUCACAGAUGGGAUUCACACGAUAAAGACCCAUUGUACAAUCGAACUCACAAUGGUAACAGAAGAGAUGACAUCACACAGUUUUAAGUUGAGAUUGUUUGAUGUGACGCAAGAGGAGAUGCUUACCGUCCCUGGGUUACAUCGAUUCAGAAAUGCCAUCGCCGAAAUCUUCAGGGUCAACCCCAUGAAUGUUUUUGCUUUUAACUUAGAAGCAAUACCAUAUUCACGAGAUACGUACAUUACAAUGACAGUGAGAGAUAAUAACGGCAAGUUCUUCUCUGUUGAUUCUUCAAAAACGUCGCUGUAUUUAUCGUCAACAAAACUGGAAUCUCGACUCGGAUUUAGAUUUGAACAGGUACAUGAAGAUCCUUGUAUAACAAAGCAGUGCUUUAAUUAUCAAGUUUGUCAACUACAUCGUAGCCUGUACGACACAUCAAUGUUGUUUUCUGAAGGACAUGAUGUUGUAUAUGCGGGAUUGUUAAUGUCUGAUGAAACACAAUGCGUUUGUCCACCAGGUUACGGUGGUGCCGACUGCUCUGAACAACUCGACUUAUGUCUAGCAUCUAACCCAUGCCAAAAUGGUGGUGAGUGCUCUAUGCAAGAUGGCGAGGUUUUUUGCGACUGCCCACUACUCUAUAAAGGAAAUACGUGUGAGCAGAGUAUUAAUGUAUGUGAACCAGACUUUUGCAAGAAUGGUGGCGAAUGUAUAACCCGGUCAGACGGCACAUUCCAGUGCGUUUGCAAGACAGGCUACGAUGGAAUCCAUUGUGAGGUAACAUCGAGACAUUUCACUGGUGAUUCGUACCUGGCGUUUCCAAGUCUUCAAUCAAGGAAAUCACUAAAUAUUUCCUUCAGUCUGCAGACUUCUCACAAAGAUGGUAUGCUGAUGUACAUCGGACGUUACAAUCACCGACGAGAUUUUCUAGCCCUGGAGAUCGUAGAUUCUAACUUAGUUUUAUCCUUUUCGUUCGGACAAAUGACCAUGAGGGUGCUGGCUGGGACAGCAUGGGGCCUAGACGACCAGGCCUGGCAUACCGUCAGCAUGGUUUACCAUAAGAAAAUUGUAGAUGUUGUAGUUGAUAAUUGCAGAACCAAUGAAAACGAACUUAAAGUUAGCAACGUGCCAUGUAAAGCCACGGCAACGCAGUCCACGAAGGUCCACUGGUUUUUAGAUGUAACGUCACCUCUUCUAAUUGGUGGAUUGCCAGGCAAAGAUAAAGACGACCGUAUACUUACUGACGGCUUCCAAGGCUGCUUACAGAAUGUUUAUAUUGAUGGCGAGUUAAUGGAUUUUGCAUCAAACAUUAUGGACAAGAAUACAGUAGCAGGGUGUAAUGCGAUUGGUCAAGUCCGAUAAAAGUGUAGCAUAUUAAUGUUAGGACUCAAUGGAAGUGAUAGGUUUAUUAUAAUUUAUUUUGUAUUGAUCCAGCAAGGUAUGGUGAAAAGGGAGUACUCGCCCUCCGGCAUUACGAACAAAACGGAAGAGAACAUCUCAAACCCUCCUCAAUCAGAUCAGACCAUAAGUUCUUAAUGGCACUUUUGCUCCCCACCCCUCAGAAUAAUCCUGGAUCCGCAUCAAUCAUCACUCAAACGCUCAGAAGCGCGUGUGUUGUUAAUAUUCUUUCAAUUUCUUCAGAAUUUUACUUACAAUAAGUGAAACUAUAUUGUUUUAGGAUACAUGAAAGCAUCCGUAGUGUAUUUAGGCCUACUGUAAAUGUUUACUUAAAAAAAAAAAAAAAAAACGGGAUCGAAAUAUUGUAACGCUAUUAAAUGGUGGUAUUAAAUUAAAAUCCUUUAAAAAAUUGGAAAGGAUGAAUACAAUUAUAACAAUGUUUAGUAUGACUUGUUCAUUAGGUGUAAUGUGAAGUUAUUAAUGUUUUAUAGAAUUACCAAGCUCAGGGGCGGAUCCAGAGAUGUCCGAAGUGGGGUGAGGGGGGCGGCAAAAGUGGGGCCGGUCGAGACAACACUAUUUAGGAGGUUCAGGUGCAUGCCCCUGAUAAAUAUUUGUGUUAAGACGCCCAAAAAUAGCAUCUGAGGCGUUUUGGGGAUCAUUUUUUUUUCUUUUUCUUUCUUUCUGUCUUUUUUUUUCCCUCUUUUACUUUCUAAAAGGCCGGUCCGGGGCCCCUAAAUCCGCCCCUGAAGCUAAAUAUAAUUUGUAUGGUCAUGGUGGGGAGGCCGAAUAUGGUCUGUGUGUUUCAAAUGAUUGUCACAUGUAUGACUUUGCGAGAUUCAAUCAAACUUAACAACUGGGCAAACAGAAUACGCGCAUGUCCCACAAAGACAUAAUGUGUUCCAUACCCACUCACUAACUUACGUGCUUACGUGCGUGUAGUUUGUCGUCACAGUUGGUGUGGCAUAAUACAGUGACAAUAAUUGAAUUCCAAUUGAUGUAAACUUUUAAUCAAAUGAACUCAUUGUAAAAUAUCUAUGUAUUUAUAUUGAUACCGUAAUUCCAUAUAAUUACGAAAUUAAACAUUAAAUACAAUUAGGCCAAACUGAAAAUAGGCUUUCGAUGAAAACCUUUAUAUAGACUAAUAUUAUUGGUUACCAGCUGUGAGUUUUAGUAAAAUCUGAUUACAUUAUAGCAAAGCAAUUUUCACUAACAGAUUUCUUAAUUUCCUCAAGUUUUCCCACGCCAUAAUAACACGCAUCCCCUUGAUGAAGUGUGGUAUAUGGCUGGUACCGCAUAUCUCAGCUGAACUUGACAUGACAUGCGCCGAAUCUCUGUUAAAAAUGUAAGCCUGUCCUGUACUUUCAAAUUGUGUAUAUUUUCAUUUUGUAUAUAGUAGAAUGGUAGCACGUGGCUAUUAUAUCCGGUUUUAUUAAAGGUCUGUGAUAGUA